CACCAACGCCAUCAGCUUACAGCAUCUCUCUCUCUCUCUCUCUCUAGAAAUGGGUUCUGAAACGUUCCUGGAAGUGCUAUUGGCCAUACUAUUGCCGCCGGUUGGAGUUUUCCUCCGUUAUGGAUGUGGUGUGGAAUUUUGGAUAGACCUGUUGCUGACCAUCUUAGGUUAUAUACCGGGAAUCAUUUAUGCAAUUUUCGUGCUCGUGGGAUAGCAUAAUAUUAUAUCACAGCUGGUACAAAGAAGAAACGGUGUAGAGAGGGAGAAAAGAAAAUUAAUGUUUUACUUGCUUGUAAACUGUGAUUGCAUUUUUUUUAUUUCUUCUUUCUUUUUUAUGUUAUUAAUAUUAUCUGUACUUCAUUAAUCAUGAUCUCAGCAAAUGGUUGCAAGUUACAUGAGUAGUUACAUGUUGCUAGA